GCAUACUCUUGCUGACAGGUGUCCCUCAUUCCCAUCUCAAAAAGUUGGGAGGUGUGCAUGUUGGGUGUUGUAAUGAAAUGUCAUCUGCUGCCAAUCAGACGGUUUAUCAUCACAGCCCACAGACACUUCUUCCUGCGGCACAGCGACAUUACACAAUCAGAUUUUGAAAUACGAGAAUUAUUGGUAAGGGGAGGAGUCAGAGGAGAGGAAAACGCAGACUGACUUCCAGAUCUGUCAUUCCACACACAGCCCCGGAGAGCUGAGACACAGGAGCUGACAAUCUACACCCAGCCGAAGCGUACAGUGAAAAUAUUCGAAUUCCUGUCUUCAGAAAAACAUGUCUGCAGGAUAUCCUGCACUUAUCCAGUCCCAGCCACAAUGGGAGAACGGCUCCACUAUCUCAAAACCAACCGCUAUGGUGCCGCCAGGACUGGAGUGUCUUGUAGAGGUGGAAGAAGUGAUAUUAAAGGAUAAAGUUUUUCAGACCAAGAACGGGCAGGAUCUGUUCACUGUACGGCGGGAGUCGGAGUGCUGUGGACCUUCACUGAACCUGCGACUUCGUAAUCCAUACAAGAGGGACGUGGUUUCCCUGUACCUGAUCUCCGAUGGAGGCUGCUGCGGAGGGCAAACCUAUCUGAAAGUCAGUGUUCAGUCUGCUCACCACAUCGGGAUUGUCAGGAUCAUCAGCUCCUCCAGCAAUAUGAAUGUUUCCAUUGAGAGGGGGAAUGGAGAGCCGGUGUUCAGCGCCAAGCUGCCCGUAUCUGUGGGCUCCAACAAAGACAGUACUAUUGAGAUACUCGGCAUGUACGGCUCCCAGCCUGUGGCUGUCAUCACCAAAGAGAAGGAAGGGAAGUCUUCUCAGGUCAUCUUCCGCUUCCCGCUGAACAUGGAGGCCGCUCUGAAGGCCGUGAUCCUGGCAACUUUCCUCUAUGUGAGUUUCCGCAUACAGGAAAUGUCUUACAGCCACAGCUCUAGUGAUAGCGAUGAUGGCUGGGCCCAUGCUGGUGGGGUAGAGUUUGCUGAUAUGCACGACCAUCACCAUGACCAUCACCAUGAUUUCCACCAUGACAACGAUUCUGGACACUGGGACCACCAACCUUUUCAUGACGUGGACUCUGGAGGACACCAUCAUGGGGACUGUGGAGGCAGUGACUGGGGUGGUGGCGGUGGUGCUGAUGACUGUGGCGGUGGUGCUGAUGACUGUGGCGGUGGUGCUGAUGACUGUGGCGGUGGUGCUGAUGACUGUGGUGGUGGUGGUGAUGACUGUGGUGGUGGUGGUGAUGACUGUGGCGGUGGCGACUGUGGUGGUGGUGAUUGAUUUUUAUACUAAUGCUGCCAUUUUAUGAGAGUGUCUGUACCUAACAACACUGUAAAAACAAAACAAAAACAAAAAAGCAAGAAAUUGUAAGACAAUUCAGUUUAACAUUUAGGUAUGGUGAGCUAUGACUGAUGGAGCAGGCUGGAGAGUGUUUGUUAACAUUGUUCCAUUGCUUUAACGUAUAUAUGUUAAUAUUUUAUACUAUUUUUGUAUUUUUUUUUUUUUACAAGUUUUGCGGUUGUUUGUUUAUUUAAAGAGUACCUGUAUAAACCAACAGCAUGCGAAGGGCUGCUGGUUUAUAAUGGGCUUUCCUACCCUACCAAGUCGUGACCCUCCUUGUAGCUGUACUUGACAAUACACUGUGGGCCAGAUUCUUGUAGACUGGCGUAAAACAGCGGCGGCGUAACGUAUCUCA